AUGGCGCUGCCGCUGUCGUGCCCUCCGCGUAGCAGAUCACGAACUCCUUGCCGAGCUCCAAGUCGAGUGACGAGGGAAGCGAGUGAAAGCUUGUCAGCUGCUCUGGCAGUGCUCGACGAGCAGACGAUUGCACCGCUCCUGGACGUCCUGCAACUACUUGGCCAUACUUCGGAUCAGGAGAAUCAUGAGGAGGAUAUUUAUCGGGCAUGCCCUCAGCAUGGCAUGCAUUCGUUGAAGACGGCUGGAUGUUGUACCUUCGUGUCGGAGAUUUCUGGAGUUGUUCCUGGACAGACCUGGCUGUGGGCAGAUAACGAGGAGACGGUCGCAGCAUUCGAUGAUGCAGCCUGCGCUCUGCUCACUAAGCUUCCGGGCAAACUGCGGGAUCAGUUGAUGCUUUACACAGCCUCUUUGACCGUCAUUCCUUGCAGCGUGCAUGAGGAUGCCUCAAUGUGGCACGUGGACUGGUAUGGCAUUCCAGAUGGUUUGUCCUGGACAAUGUUGGUUCCUCUGUGGCCUCGAGAAGACGAAGAUUGGCGAGUGUUGGGUGGGACACAGCUGUGCCUGAAGGAGCACGCGCUACCGCGGGCCGACUCAGUGGCACCUUCCAUAGCUGCAGUGGCCGCGCUGGUUGCCAAAGAGGCAGCCGAGCACAAUCCCAACGAAUGCCCCGAGCACUGGGCCUCCGCGGAUUUCUCUGUGGUUGAGCACAGAUACCAACGGGGCGAGUGCCUCCUGUUCGAAGGCCGACAAUCCUGCAACGAGGGUGUUGGCCUCUCUUAUGGCAAUUCGUCUGCAAAGGAUGGGAGUCUCUACAAGCAGGGUGCCUGCUUCGUUCGGAAGCCAUGCAAAAAGGGAGUGGCUGAGAAAGAAGCGGCAGCAGUGAGAAGCGAGUGA